AUGUCAUUCAACUCAUUUCAAGCUCAGAUUGAUUCGCUUACAUCCGUAUUUAUUACUCAAACACCAGACAAAUUUCGUCGUACUCAAUCGUUCAUUUAUGAAACAUUUCGUGCAAAUCAGCUGCUGGUUGUGCCUGAAACAAAUUGGCAAUUCGCUCUCACAACUGCAGCGGAUAAUUACGUCGUUGCCACUGUGCCACGUAAUUCAUUUGGGAAUAAUUACUCAUGUACUACAUCAUUAGAUAGUUUCUCACGACCAUUAUAUAUUGAUGCAAAUAGUAACAAAAUAGUAUUACCUGGUGUGGUGGCUGGUUGUUUCCCAGUUGAUGGUAUUCGUCUGUCUACUCUACAAUGUUUCUUUGAUUCAAACUGUAUUCUUAGCUUAACAAACAUUGCAUCGACACGCUAUACCACUAUUUGGAUUGCCGAACCGCUCAAUGCUUCAAUACCUAGUAUUUAUCCUUCGAAUACUCUCAUAGGCAGCCUCGUUGAUAGUUUAUUCGUGGAAGAUUGGGGAAUUAAAAAUAACAAUACAUCGAAUGGAAUUGAUUUAAAUCAUUCAUAUAAAGUUGACGAAACAGAUGAAGGUCCUGUAGAACAUGCGAAAGAAAUCUUUUUCGAAUUUAUAUCAUCAUGUGUUUCAACAUAUAUUCGUACAACUCCACUACAACAUGAAUUCAAUAAACAAGAAGUUAUGUACCGAUUUUAUCAAAUAGCAUGUAAUACUCACAGUUUUUCUUCUCCAACAUAUGCAACAGUUAACUAUGUUGAUCAAGUAUUUGGUGAUCUUUUUUCACUUCAAUCGUCAUUAAAUCAUUCAUGUGACAAUUCUUGUGAAAUUAUGGAUUGUCAAGUUACAUCAGAAAUUGCUAGUAUUAAAGUAAUCGAAUUUUAUCAGAUUAAUUUCUAUAGUUAA